CUUGAGGCGGCUGUAGACGGCUGCCCCUACCCCCCCGAUUCGAACAUUUACGGUACCACCUGGAAGGUCGCUCUUUCAAUCGCUUGCAUGGCCAACGGGUGUGCGGCCAACAGGAAGCUCCUGGCAGAAGUCGGUGCAUGGCGAGUGCUGUUCCGCGCGUUAGGCAAGGAGGGCCGGGAUAAGGAAGACAGGGUGCAAUGAACAAGUUGUUCCUGAUCCUUCGACUCAUGUAUUCUGCAGGCGCUCACAGAAACUCACGUGGUCAUGGCGAUGAGGAAGAUGUUGAGAGGUGCUGAUGAGGUGAAGAAGAGCGAGCUGGACGCCUCUCAGCUCGACAGUCAGCUGGUCUUGAAGCACCUGCGAGUCAUCAGUGAGGGAGGCGGAGCAGCCACGGAGAUGUGUGUGCGGGAGACUGCAGCAGAGCUGCUGCUGAUCUGGAGCCAGGGAUGGGAAGUGGAGAGACUGUUGUGGCUGGCAGUGUACAAGGGCGACGCUGAGGACUCCUGGCAGCACAACAAGGUCGCAAAGGUUAUGAGCAGCGCAGGAGAGGAGGAGAAGUUGGACGUGUCGCGCCAUCGGCAGCAGAAGCGCAGAUGCCACAUGAACUUGCUCCAGCCGAGCAUGGUUCGUCGCAUCAUGAAGCACGUUAUGCUCUUGGGAGGACUGGAGCGUACAGGGCGUGUUGGCAUGUAAAUACGAAUGUGAAUGUGAAUAUAUUCUUUACGAGCGUC